GUAGAAAAAGGGGAGGAGCAAAGUACCGGACGUGAACUUUUCUGAGAUGCUGUCACUCUUGACGCAUGUCUCAUUGGAUCUGGACUGAUGAUUCCCAGGGAAAAACAGACCCUCACAUGGAUGGGAGCCUCCUCCUGCUGCUGUGGAACUACUGGACUCUGGUAAAUUAUUACACACACGGGUCAGAGGACUCCUUCAAUAACACCAUCACAUGGACGGACAGCAUCAAAGGGACAAGGACAGCAGUGUCACUAGGGGUUUCCUGAAAGGACUUGGCUCGGCAGUGGAGGACCUGACUUCUCAUCAGAUUCUGCAAGGACUGAAACUGCAGCCAUGGCUACAGCAAGUUAUGGAUACUACAGAGCCACAAUAUUCCUGGCCAUGUUUGUGGGCUACACGCUGUAUUACUUUAAUAGAAAGACUUUCUCCUUUGUGAUGCCAUCUGUAAUGCAAGAAAUUAAGCUGGACAAAGAUGAUCUGGGCAUGAUCACCAGCAGUCAGUCCUUGGCCUAUGCUAUCAGUAAGUUCAUCAGUGGCGUGCUUUCGGACCAGAUCAGCGCUCGCUGGCUCUUCUCCAUCGGUUUGUUCGUGGUGGGAAGCAUCAAUGUGGUCUUCUCCUGGUCCUCGACUGUGGCCGUGUUCUCGGUUCUGUGGUUUCUUAACGGCCUGGGGCAGGGCCUGGGCUGGCCUCCAUGCGGCAGAGUGCUCCGUAAGUGGUUUGAGCCCUCUCAGUUCGGGACGUGGUGGGCUAUUCUCUCCUGCAGUAUGAAUCUGGCAGGCAGCUUGGGCCCCAUCAUCGCCACAGUCCUGGCUCAGACUUACAGCUGGAGGACCAUUUUGUCAUUCUCUGGGAUGGUCUGCCUGGCUGUCUCCUUUGUUUGCCUGCUGGUGAUCAAGAAUGAGCCCAAGGACGUGGGGCUGCCUAACAUAGAGGCGACAACCAAAAAAGGCAAAAGAGGCGCCUCCGUACAUGACAGCACCCUCUCAGAGUUCCUGCUGUCGCCCUACCUGUGGCUGCUGUCCGUGUCCUACCUGGUGGUGUUCGGGGUGAAGACAGCCUACACCGACUGGGGGCAGUUGUUCCUCAUCCAAGACAAGGGCCAGUCCACGCUGAUGGGUAGUUCAUACAUGAGUGCCCUGGAGGUUGGAGGCUUGUUGGGCAGUCUGGCAGCAGGUUACAUCUCUGACAAGGCUGUCGCCAAACAAGGACUUAGAAUCUACGGCAAUCCUCGUCACUUCAUCCUGAUCUGCAUGAUGGCUGGAAUGUCUGUGUCCAUGUAUCUGUUCAGGGUCACAGUAACUGCUGACAGCUCAAAGCUUUGGAUACUGAGCUUGGGCUCUGCUUUUGGCUUCUCUUCAUAUGGACCAAUAGCAUUGUUUGGAAUAUUAGCCAAUGAAACUGCUCCUCCCAACUACUGUGGGACAUCUCAUGCCAUAGUUGGUCUGAUGGCGAAUAUUGGCGGCUUCCUGGCCGGCCUACCCUUCAGCACCGUCGCCAAGUACCACGGCUGGGAAAUGGCUUUCUGGGUAGCAGAGAUAACCUGCUUGGUCACCGCUGUCGGAUACUUCCUGCUGCGGAACAUCCAAACCAAGAUGGGAGGUUUGCCCAAGAAGGCAGACUAACGUCAUGCCUCAACCUCUGCUAUCAACCCUACAGGACAUUAAAGUGCAUGACACUCAGA